CUCCCGACGAUAAUUUCCCUCAAUGUUGGCGGACAUUUCUUCACCACUCGCCUUUCCACGCUUUUGAAAGACGAAGAUUCCAUGUUAGCUGCAAUGUUCAGUGGGCGAUACAAACUUGAAUUGGACAAAGAAGGAAGAUAUUUCAUUGAUCGCGAUGGAAAAUACUUUGGUUAUAUCUUAAAUUACUUGCGUGACGCGUCACUUCCAAAACACUGCGUUGCGCUACAAGUGUAUCGCGAGGCGGACUAUUUCCAGUUAGAGCAACUUAUUCGUGAGCUUGCAUCCUAUCCAUCUGUGAUCCCACAUAUUGCAAUAGAGGAACAAAAAAGAGACUUAGCAGAAAGUUAUCACCACUGGAAAAGCGUCCUUUUAGAAACUACGCGACGAAAAUUUCACAAAUUUGUCAAAUUCGUCGUUGGUCGUGAUUGCGUGAUAACUGUCACGCGAUACGCUUCUGAAAAGGAUUACAACCUUAGUGAAGAUACCUGCAGAAGUUUUAUCUCACUUAGUGAUGGUAAUGAAAAUUGUCAAAGCCAUCAGUUCUUUAGUGUGAACGACUCUGGAGAGAAAUUAGAGUAUUACAUUGGUUCCCAUCUUCCAUCGAUUGAUUUUAUUGUUCCGAAUGAGGAUAUUCCAGACUGUCAUCAGUUCACGUCACUGGUUGAAAAAGAUCUGCGCCUAGAAGGGUUCUGUGUCAGCGGAAGUUUAACGCAUGCGUGGAAGUGUGGUCUGUGUGAUAUGACAGGAACUCUUCACCAGUUAGCUUUCAUGUGGGUUCUUCCAUAUCCAAACACGAAUAGCGAGGAAAUAAUGAAGAAGUUUUAAAUAAUAUUUUUCUAUAAUAACUUUAAGAACAACAUUUUAAGUUUUGCAAACAAGAACGUCGUCAGAGCACUAGACCAUAUUACUUUUUGUGAUUUUGGUGACUAGUAUAGAAAGUUUUGAAAGCUUCUUUGUAUAAAUUUGCAAGUUGUAAUUUGAAUAUUUUGAUAUAAGCUUUAAAUCUCCGACCUAAACAAUGUUAGCAAUUCUCAAAAAAAUCUAGCAAGACUUAUAUUCCCGGACCAAUUUUCUGUUGCAAGUGGGGACCGCAUCCCUGUCCCCGCAGCUGGUGCCGAACGCGCUCAAACUUGCCCGGACUGUUGUUCAACCAGAGGUGAAAAUCAUGUUUCUCCAGGUAGGGGUCGGGUUAUUGGAAUGAUGUGGAAAAAUAUCUGAAUCUUCGAAAUAUUCUUCAAUAUAAAGCGAAAUUAAAGUUGAUAAGUUGUGUUUGCAGGUUUUGAACAUGUUAUCGCGUUUCAAAGCUUUUUUGCUUUCAUUUCUCCAAUUUUCGUUUUGCCUUACCCCUCCCCCGUAAAUGAAACAUUUCCGGCGCGCCAGCGCGCGAUUUAUAAACAAAUGUUAAUUUUAUGAAACCGACAUAACUUCGAAACGGCAAUAUGGCAAAGGCAGCGAGCGUUUGUUCUCGACGUCAACUUGUAAUUUUUGCCAGCGAAUUAGCCAGCGCAAUUGGACGGCAUAGAUAUCAAUCCAGAGAGGAAACAUUUCAGCGAGUCUGGCUUCGAUCGCAUCAGCAAUCAUUCGUUUUUGCGUUUGCUUUGAGGUUCCAAAGCGACAUUCGUCCAAUCUUGGCAGUUUCUGAAGAAUUGUUGAUUCAGUUUCCAUCUUUGGAAAAAGAAGACGACACCGUCGAUUUUGGUUCCGCUAUUAGAAAGGUAAUCUGCGACAUUUCUUUCAGAAGAUUGUACGGGCAAAUUCUGAGUUUUCUGAAAGCAAAGUUGUUGAAGAACGAGAAAGAAGAACAAAUCCUCGAGUCAGCAAAAGUGAUCGAACGUGUUACAACCGAGGUGGAGACACUUUGUGAGAACGAAAAAAAGCUCGUGGAAUCUGCCGUGAAAGAGAUUUGUGACAAACAAGGGAUCAACACGAAGGAAGUUGUCAAAGCAGUGGAGUCCAAAAUUACCAAGGAUCGCGGAACAAAACUGGAGGAAAAAGCUGUGCAAGAUUUUGAGAAAGUGAAAGGGAUCGAGAUCGAACGUCCGAUCGCACCUCAUCUGUUCUACCAGGAUAUGGAGUACAACGGAUUACAGUGGAGUGUAUGCGGUAAAGUGGAUGCCGAGACAGAAGAUAGCGUUAUUGAAGUUAAAAACAGAAGAAACCGAUUUAUGUGCCCAGAGUAUGAUUACAUACAGCUUCAAACAUACUUAUUCAUAAGGGGUAAGUCUAAGGGUGUCUUACUGGAGAGAUUGAAAGGUGAAAACAAAGAAACCUGUUUUGAAUUUGAUGAUGAGCUCUGGGAAGAAGUGACCAUUGACUUGGCUGAGUUUGUUGCUGAAUUGUCAGAUGCCAUGAACAUGAGUAAACAGGCCUUGUAUGGGUAUACAUCACCAAAGAAACGAGGGCAUGAUCAAGUGGUUGUGGUUAAUGAACAAGCUUGUAACCAGGACACAGAUGAGGAGCAAGUGAAGAGGACUGCUGUGGAAAAAGUGGAAGAAGCUACCACAGUUAUCGAAAUACAAGAUAAUAAUGAAUAG